GCCGAGCAGGGUCCAGAAUCUGUUUCACUCUGUUCAGCUGAAUGUGAAUAACCCUCAUUUUUUGAUUAUGCAAGGUAGGAUUACAAAGGUGUUGAAUAUGAAACCCCCUGAGACGCUAUCGAUGCUUGAGGAGGCCGCCGGAACGCGCAUGUACGAAGUCAAUAAGGAGCGAGCUCUCAAAACUCUUGAGAAAAAGCAGGCAAAGGUAGAUGAGAUUGACAGAGUGCUUUCUGAAGAGAUUCUCCCAUCGCUCGAAAAAUUGAGGAAGGAGCGGGCUCAGUAUAUGCAAUGGUCCGGCUUGAGCGGCGAGGUUGACAGACUCAAGAGGUUUUGCAUUUCAUAUAGCUAUGUUGAGGCGGAAAAAGCGAAGGAUCGAUCUCUUGAGAAAGCGAACCAGAUGAAAGCGAAGAUAGAAGAACUAACAGAAGGCGUGAAGACGGUGGAGGCCGAGAUGAACGAAAAGGCGGAGGCUGUCGCACGUAUGGUCGAGGAGAAGGAGAAACAGCUGGGUGGAGAGAUGGAGCAGUUGUCAUCUGCGGUUGAUCUGUUGCAGAACACACUGGCAAAAGAAGCAUCGGCUAGAGAGAACCAGAAAGAGAUGCUGCUGGCGGAAAAGAAAACACAUGCGCAGCUAAAAAAGAAUGCAAAAGAGGCAGAUGCGUCAGUGACAGAGAAGGAAACGGCUGUGGCGAAGGCAAAUCAGGAAAUGGAGGCUGGGCGGGCACAGGUAGAGGCCUUGACAAAGGCAGUUCAAGAGUUGGAGGCGAAGUAUGAGGCUGUCCAAGCUGGGAAGACUGCAGAUGAGGAGGGCAGCAAAACUCUUGUGGAAAAGUUAAGUGAGGUGAAAGCUGCUUCUGUUGAGGCUGAUACAGAAGCAAAGCAGGCCCAGCUGACGGUAACACAUAUCACGAAGGAGGUGGGUGCGAAGAGGAAGCUCCUGGCAACGAAGCAAAAGGAAGCAGAGAGCAUGGCAAAGGAGAUGGAAAUGAGGAGGAAUGCAGUCUCAAAGUCCAAAGAAGCACUGGCACAACUUGCAUUUGACGAGAACAGAGCUACUCAGCUGGAAGAUAUGAAAGCAAGGGAAACUCAGGCUGUAAGGAGUUUGAGGGUGAAGAGGGACGAGCUUCUGGCAAGUGUCACAGGGAUCGAUUUCGUCUAUUCAGAUCCUGUCAGAGGCUUUGAUCGGUCAAAGGUCAAGGGCAUUGUGGCGAGGACCAUCCGAGUAAAAGACCCAUCCACAUCACUGGCUCUUGAGGUUGGCGCAGGGGGUAAGCUGUACAAUGUGAUUGUGGACACGGAGCAGACCGGGAAAUUGCUUCUUGAAAAGGGAGGUCUUAAGCGACGUGUCACUCUGAUCCCGCUUAACAAGAUUGAAGCACACGCCAUUCCUCAAAGUGUGCAAGCAGCAGCUGCACGAUUGGUAAGAGAGCUUGACAGCUUUGCUUCUGCCGCUUUGAACUCCUUUCCCUGCGUGCAGGCAAUGGCUGGGGAUGGAUGGAUGGAGGUUUAGUAUGGUUGUUGUGCUUGCACAGUCUCGUAGGCUCUUGGGGUACGAUUGCUAUUGAUGGGCGUCCCCUUGCAAGGGCAAUGGGUAUCUGAAUGCCUUGGGUAGUGUAUGGAAAUAUGGCAUUAUACCCCAAGAUCCUUGAGUCGUUGCCUUAUGACCCUGCUUCAGAUUGUUGCAGGAGCUGUUCCAGCCUGCAUGAGGCCCCUGAAAAGACCCAGGCAGAAAAUUCUGGCAUUCAUUACUCAGCCCUCAGUCAAUCUUUCACAAAGAGACAACUGUUGGCUGCUUCUGGUCAUUAUGUUGCCUGCUGGAACCUCCCAGGACAUGGCCUCCUGAUUCACAGCGAAGAAAUUUCACCGGGACCGUCAGUACCCCACCAGUGCAACUUUCGACUGACAGGGUACUGACGGUUUGGUAAAGUCCAACAAAUGGCUUGCAGACGC